AUGAUUUUUUUAAUAUUGCUUACGGUUGUCGUUGGUUUGUGGAUAUCGCUGUAUAAGUACAAGCGAAGACGCGUAUACGAGCUAGCUUAUAGGAUACCUACCCCUCCCGAUGUGCCAUCUAAUUUCGGUGUGACAAAAUAUACGUUAGAGGGAAUUAAAGUGUUCUUGCCGCUUCUGAGAAAGUACAGCUUCUAUGCAUUUGAAAAAAAUGGUAUAGUACGAGUUAUGACGGAUCCAUAUGUAUACGUUGUUAUGACGCAUCGUGAAGAUGUCGAGUAUAUUUUAAAGAACUGCCUACACAAGGACGACCUGAUGGACUUCUUCGGAGAGAUCUUUGGCGGUGCUGGAAUUUUCACAUCGGUGUCCAAAUGGACGCGCAGAAGGAAGCUCUUAGUCCCAGCCUUUGGACCAAAGGUACUAAAAAGCUUCGUGGACAUCCAGUCAAAGCAAGGCAGUCGUUUAGCUGAGCAAUUGGAGAUAGAUGGUUGCGUUGGAUCCAAAGAGUUCAGUGUCUGGCCCUACAUUACUGCUUAUACACUGGGAUCAGUUGCUGAAACAUCUUUAGGUGUGAAAAUAGAUGCCCUAAAGAAUCCUGACCUACCAUUUUUGAAGGCUGUGGGGGCUGCAUUCUCUCUAGUAUCAGAAAGGAUACUGCAUAUGUGGCUUUGGCCAGAUUGUCUAUACAAAUACAGUGAUCUGCAUGCAAGGUUUCAAACGGUUAAGAAGACUUUGUUUAGCUUACCAGAAGAGAUUAUCAAAGAGAAACGUAAGACUGCAUGGAAGAAGAUGGAAAAUGGAAAUUCCAAUGAAAACAACACUCUUUUCGGUUCUGACGCGGAUAUGAGUUUCUUGGAUCAUUUGAUGUUAUUAAGUGCAGAAGGAAAUGGUCUCAACGACACUGAGUUGAGAGAAGAAAUCAUGGUGAUGCUAUUAGCAGGAACAGAUAGUUCUGCUGUUGCUAUUGGCUAUACAUUAGUACUGCUAUCGAAGUAUCCAGAAGAACAAGAGAAGAUAUAUAAAGAAUUGUACUCCGUCUUCGGAGACAGUGAUCGACGCUUAACCCAAGCAGACCUUCUACAACUGAACUAUCUGAAUAUGUUUAUUAAGGAAUCUUUACGUCUCUUCCCGCCCGUACCGGUCGUUGCGAGGAGAACUGGAAACGAAGAAGUUACACUGCCGUCAGGUGUAGUUCUUCCAAUCGACACUAAAUGUAUAAUUUCGCUUUGGGGAAUGAACCGGGACCCAAAGGUUUGGGGUCCAGAUGCAGACUGUUUUAGACCAGAUCGAUUUUUGGAUAAAAAUUUGCUUCAUUACGCGUCUUUUAGCUUGGGUCCACGGAACUGUCUUGGUUAUCAAUACGCGUUGCAGUCGGUAAAAAUUGCCAUUGCAUCUAUGGUUCGUCUUUACAAAAUAAUGGGGGAGGUAGAAAAAGGCCCAGUGCCGCACAUAGACAGUGAAUAUUCUAUCAUGAUGCGCGCUGCAGAUGAUUUUAAAAUAUCCUUAGAAAGGAGGUGA